AUGCUAGAAGAUGGGAAGGAGGUGUCGUUGCCCUCAAACUCUGUUGUAAGCAUUUCAGAUGUUAAUGGAGUGACCCGUAGCGGUCAUGUUUUCUCGACUUUGCCAAAAUCCCAUGAAGAUGUCGUGAAGAGAACUGCUGUUAAUCCUGCUGGUCCCGUGGGGGCUUCUUCUUCAAAUAAUUAUGUUCCUGUUGUUGACCCUGUUGCUGUCAAGAAUAACACUCCUAUCCCGGUUGGCCAGUCUGGCAUUAUGAAAGAGGAUAGUAACGAAAACCCCGCUACAGAUCCUAUUAAAACCACUGAUGUUAAACCUGAUGUUGUUGCAUCUGCUAAAGGUUUUGUUGUUCAAAGAGUAGUGGGUAUUGUUGAAUCAAAUAAAAAAAUAGGCUCUGAAAAACCAAGAUCUGACUCUGGUACUGUAAGUCUAGAUAACCUUAGAUCUGAUAAGGCCCUGGGUCAAUCUAGUAUGAACGUUGCUUAUAAAAACAUUGUUGAUAAAAUUAUUUUUGUGUUAAUCUCUCAAAUUUUGGGUAAUGAACCUAAGUUUGAUGUCGUGAUGGAUGUCACUACAUCCUUGGCCCAAACUGAUCAUCCUAUCGAGACCCCACUUGAAAAGUCUUAUGGAAAGUAUGAUAGUGAGUCUGUUUCAAUUAAGUCCUCUGAAAAAUCUAUAAAGAAAGAUGAUUAUGAUAGUAUGUCUGUUGAUACAUCUGAAAAAGAAGAAAAUGAUGGUGUGAAGAAGGACCAAUCUACAAACUUUGUAAAUGUAGAUGAUCUGGACUCCGAUGAUGAGCCCAUUGGUAGGAGAUUGGCUCCAGAGAUAACUAAGAGGUUAAAGAGUAGAAAAUGGAAAUUUGUUGAGUCUACAAGCAAGUCUCCCAAGGCUCCCAAGAAAAGUACAAGUGUUAAUCCUUCUAAUGGGUUGGAUUUGGAAAGGGAACUUGGCAAGGAUUACUUUGAGUGCAAAGAAGUGAUGGAUCUGAUUAAAGAAGUUGGGUUGAUGAAAAGUGUGGCUGGUUUUGGCAAGUGUUAUGAGAUGCUUGUAAAAGAGCUCAUUGUGAAUAUUUCUAAGGAUUGUAAUAACAAGAGGAGUAAGGAGUUUAGAAAAGUGUAUGUGAGAGGAAAAUGUGUGGAAUUUUCUCCAGAAUUCAUUAACAGGUUCAUCGGCAGAAGUGAAGAGGAACAAGCUAAAGUGGAGGUAAAGGAAUGGCCAAGAAAAUGGAAGUUGUCAGUUGGUUCCUUGAGUGUGAAGUAUGAAGUACUUCAUACAACUGGAGAUGCUAAUUGGGUUCUAACAAAUCAUACUUCCAACAUUGCUACAUGGUUGGGUAAGUUCAUUUACACUGUAGGGACCAAGACCAAGUUUGACUUUGGAUCCUAUGUUUUUUACCAAAGCAUGAAGCAUACUACCUAUUUUGCUAUAAAGAUGCCUAUAGCAUUUCCCUCCUUAAUCUGUGGUGUGGUUUUGAGUCAGCACCUUAGUAUUUUGAUCAGUUCAGAUGUUGCCUGCAAGAGAGAAUCUCCUAUUUCUUUGCAUUAUAGGCUAUUUACAGGGAAACAUGUCCUAGACAUUGUCAUGACAUCUGGUAAGAAAUGUACCAGCUCAACUGCUAGGAAAUUAAUCACUGUUGAAUUAAAGCACACAUGCAAGAAUUUAGAUGAAACCAUCAAAUCUUGUACUGGAAAAAAAGGAAGGCUUGAGAUCUUGAUAAAUGCUUUGUCUGAAGAAGAUGUUGAGGGAAACCUAGACGGUGAUAAGGAGGAGUAUAAUGAGGUUGAAGAAGAUGUUGAUGCAAGUGGUGAUGAUGUUGAAGACAUAACUAGUAGUAAUGAUGACUGA